UAAAAAAUGCUCAGAAAUAUAAAAACAACAUUCAAAAUCAGAAAAAGUAUCUUAUUAAUACUUUAUUCCUUUAUACUGUCCUACUAUAUGUUGUUGCUGCCUGCAUCAUUUAUUCCCAUGAAUUCCCUAAUUCAUUGGUAGAAUGUAUUUUAUGUUAUGGACCACUUGUGGGAUUUCUUUUUGUAAUAUGGUUUUUGAAAAUGUUAUUGACAUGGUAUUUCCAUCGUGAAGCUCAAAACAAUGAGGAACUUUUGGAUAAAUUAAAAGAAAGAAAACAUCAAAUUUUAGAUCAUGUAAUGAAAACAAAAACAUUUAAUGAAGCACAAGAAAUUCUUGCAGAAUUUCGUCCAGGUUAUGUAAAAAAUAUAGAAUCAAUUAACUUUCGUAAGAAGACACCAAAAGGAAAACAAAAAGAAGAAACAAAUUCAAUUAAUAAUAGUAUUUUCAGCACUUUUUUUAACUAUUUAUUCAGAAGACAGCAACAUGAUCAACCAUCAAAUAAUUUUGCUCUUAUUUGCCAAAAGUGUUCUGGACACAAUGGAUUAGUUGGAAAAGAUCAAUAUGAAAAUGCUGCAUUUCAGUGUUGUUACUGUUUACAUCAAAAUUAUCCUGGAAAACAAGUCCUACCAAAUAAGAAAGCAGCUCCAACAUGAACCAUGAUUCAUAAUACACUGUGAUAAAAAUCAAGAUCUGCUUUGAUAAUGGACUUCGUCAAAGCAUCGUACUGAAGUCUUUUUAUGGUAUUUUAAUUUAAUGAAAGUACUAAUGAUAAAGUGAAUUACUUAAUUCAUUUUGCUGUAUUAUAUGUAACAUAUUACUGGUAAUAAAAUAAUAAAAUUGCUAAAGAUAAAAUGAAUAUAUUU